GCGGUGCUGAUCGCCGCCCGCCCGCCCGGCCGCCCGCGCCGACCCCGGGGCGCGGCCAUGGAGGUGGUGGGCGACUUCGAGUACAGCAAGCGGGACCUCGUGGGACACGGGGCCUUCGCUGUGGUCUUCCGGGGGCGGCACCGCCAGAAAACUGAUUGGGAGGUAGCUAUUAAAAGUAUUAAUAAAAAGAACUUGUCAAAAUCACAAAUACUGCUUGGGAAGGAAAUUAAAAUCUUAAAGGAACUUCAGCAUGAAAACAUUGUAGCGCUCUAUGAUGUUCAGGAAUUACCCAACUCUGUCUUUCUGGUGAUGGAGUAUUGCAAUGGUGGAGACCUGGCAGAUUAUUUGCAAGCUAAAGGCACUCUCAGUGAAGACACCAUCAGAGUCUUUCUGCAUCAGAUUGCAGCCGCCAUGCGGAUCCUGCACACCAAGGGGAUCAUCCACAGGGAUCUCAAGCCCCAGAACAUCCUGCUGUCCUAUGCCAAUCGUAGGAAGGCCACUGUCAGUGGUAUUCGCAUCAAAAUAGCGGAUUUUGGUUUUGCUCGUUACCUACAUAGUAACAUGAUGGCUGCAACGCUGUGUGGGUCUCCAAUGUACAUGGCUCCUGAGGUUAUUAUGUCUCAACAUUAUGAUGCCAAGGCCGACCUGUGGAGCAUAGGGACAGUGAUAUAUCAGUGCCUUGUUGGAAAACCACCUUUUCAGGCUAAUAGUCCUCAAGACCUACGGAUGCUUUAUGAGAAAAACAGAAACUUAACGCCUAGCAUUCCCAGAGAAACAUCACCUUAUUUGGCUAAUCUCCUUUUGGGUUUGCUUCAGAGAAACCAAAAAGAUAGAAUGGACUUUGAAGCAUUUUUUAGCCAUCCUUUUCUUGAGCAAGUUCCAGUAAAAAAAUCCUGCCCGGUCCCGGUGCCCGUGUACGCCGGCUCUGCCUCUGAAGGUCCCUGUAGCAGCUCUCCAUCCUGUCGCUUCGCCUCUCCACCUUCCCUUCCAGAUGUGCAGCAUAUUCAGGAAGAAAGCUUACCCUCCCCACCGUUGGGUCCUCCCAGCUCCCUCCAGGUGUCCAAAGAUUCCGCCAGUACUAGUAGCAAGAACUCUUCUUGUGACACGGAUGACUUUGUUUUGGUUCCACACAACACCUCGUCAGACCACUCAUAUGAUAUGCUGAUGGGCACUGCUGGCAGACGUGCUUCUAAUGAGUUCUUGGUGUGUGGAGGGCAGUGUCAGCCCACUGUGUCCCCUCACAGCGCAGCCACCCCCAUUCCCGUCCCUACUCAGAUAAGGAACUACCAGCGCAUAGAGCAGAACCUCACCUCCACUGCCAGCUCUGGCACAAAUCUGCAUGGCUCUCCAAGAUCUACGGCGGUACGAAGGUCUAACACCAGCCCCAUGGGCUUCCCCCGGCUGGGAUCCUGCUCGCCGGUGCCGGCAGACGCAGUACAGGCGGUCGGACGAAGACUCUCCACGGGGUCUUCCAGGCCUUACUCACCUUCCCCUUCGGUUGGCACCAUUCCUGAGCAGUUUAGUCAGUGCUGCUGUGGGCAUCCUCAGGGCCAGGAAUCCAGGAGCAGGAACUGGUCAGGCUCUCCCGUGCCGCAGCCUCCGUCGCCCCAGCCACUCUUGUUGGGUGCUAGACUGCAGAGCGCCUCCACCCUCACUGACAUCUACCAGAGCAAGCAGAAGCUCAGAAAGCAGCACUCGGACCCCGUGUGCCCGUCCCACGCCGGGGCUGGGUGCAGCUGCUCCCCCCAGCCCAGUCGGCCCGGCAGCCUUGGGACCUCUCCCACCAAGCACGCGGGGUCCUCCCCGCGGAGUUCCGACUGGUUCUUCAAAACUCCAUUACCAACAAUCAUUGGCUCCCCUACUAAGACCACGGCUCCUUUCAAAAUCCCGAAAACGCAAGCGUCUUCCAACCUGCCAGCCUUGGCCACUCGCCGUGGGCCUUCUGAGGGGCAGUUGAAGGAUGGGAGUGACCCACGGGGAUGCUCUCACUGUCUCUCAGUACAAGGAGGGGAGAGGCACAAGUCCGAGCAGCAGGUCAGGGCAGCGUUUGGCAGAUCUGUCAGUACUGGGAAAUUAUCAGAUCAACCAGUAAAAACACCUUUAGGUGGACAUCAGGGCAGCACGGACAGUUUAAAUACAGAACGACCAAUGGAUAUAGCCCCUGCAGGAGCCUGUGGUGUUGCACGGGCUCCUUCUGUGGGAACAGCAGCGAGUCCCAGGGCUGUGCUGUUCACGGUAGGGUCUCCUCCACACAGGGCUGCGACCCCCGCUUGUACCCACAUAGUCCUUCGGACAAGAACCACCUCAGGGGGCUCCAGCGGCUCCGGAGGCUCCCUGGGCUCCACCGGGGGCCGUGUGUCUGGGGGCUCCCCGCCUGGGCUGUGCUCGGGGUCUCCCCCUCUGGGAGCAGAGGCAGCUCCCAGCCUGAGACACGCGCCUUGUGGUGCUUCACCCCCCAGCCUGGAGGGGCUCGUCGCCUUUGAAGCCCCUGAACUGCCCGAGGAGACGCUGAUGGAGCGAGAGCACACAGACACCUUCCGCCACCUGAACGCAAUGCUGUUGUUCACGGAGUGUGUGCUGGACCUGACGGCCGUGCGCGGGGGAGACCCAGGGCUCUGCGCGUCCGCGGUCUCCUUGUACCAGAUCCAGGAGAGCGCGGUGGUGGACCAGAUCAGCCAGCUGAGCAAAGACUGGGGGCGGGUGGAACAGCUGGUGUUAUACAUGAAGGCCGCACAGCUGCUGGCAGCCUCUCUGCAUCUCGCCAAAGAGCAGAUCAAGUCCGGGAAGCUGAGCCCGUCCACGGGUGUGAAACAAGUUGUCAAAAAUCUGAAUGAACGAUAUAAAUUCUGCAUCAGCAUGUGCAAGAAACUUACAGAAAAGCUGAAUCGCUUCUUCUCUGACAAACAGAGAUUUAUUGAUGAAAUCAACAGCGUAACAGCAGAGAAACUCAUCUAUAAUUGUGCUGUAGAAAUGGUAACCCUUUUUAAGGUUCAGGCUGCAGCCCUGGAUGAGAUGUUCCAGCAGACUGAAGAUAUUGUUUAUCGCUAUCAUAAGGCGGCCCUUCUUUUGGAAGGCUUAACUAAGAUUCUCCAGGACCCGGCAGAUAUUGAAAAUGUACACAAAUAUAAAUCUCGUAUUGAAAGGAGAUUGUCGGCACUCUGCUACAGCACCUCAACCUUGUGAGCAGCAGCAGGCCUGCCCCCAGGACUAGGGGUGGGUGUGAGGCGAUGCCUUUGGGAGCACAGCUUGGAUCCUGUCGCCCCACCCCCAGGAAACUGUAGGUUCCUACACGGUGACCACCAAAGAGCAAGCAGUGAUUUCAAAAAGGAAAAACAACCCCAGAACUACCUGCCUUAUCAGCGAAGUCACCCCUUCCCUUUUUCUUUGUAGAAGCAGAAACAAGAGUAUUCCACUUGGCUUUCAGUUUGAACUUGGUAAAUAAAUGUACCUUAGAACUAGAGUUGUCAGUACAGUUAUUCUUAAGGGUAAUUAGGAAUGAAACGAUGAGUGGCUCUUCACGCCAGUCACCAGAGCAAAGUGUGGGGUUCCACAUGUUCACUGAGGCGAAAAAGUAAAAAGCCACGUCUCAUCCAGGCGGUUUGAUACUCGGGGUAAGUUUAUCUGAGUCUGAGCACGCAUCCAUAAACAGCUCAGGAAGAAAUAGCUUAAGGAGUGAAAGGCGUCUCUUGGAAGAGAUUGUGAAAUCUUCAAUUUGAUCUAAUAUGGACACAUAUUAAUAAUCUUCCAAAAUCUUUCAUAUUGCACUAAUUUAUUAAAACAACUGUGUAUUGGAUUUUGCAAUUUAAAACUAACUGAGGCACAAUGGACUUGUUUAAAAUAUUUUACUUGAUUAUAUACACGUACCCUUUCCAGAAUUCACAGGUGAUUUCUCGUGGACUUUUAAGUGGUAAAAAAUUUGUGUUGUGUGAACCUUUGCAUUUUCUUAGCCUAUUCAUCUACACCUACAGGUUUUCUCAGUGAUAUUUUUAAGUUGCUCGUUGUCUGCUUUUGUUUGCAUUUUUUACUGUGCAUGCAGAAUGUGCAUUCAUGCCUAUGACCUCUAGGCUUACUAAAGGCUAGGUUUAUUGGGGCAGUAUUAGAACAAGUGUCAAUCCAGAGAUACUCUCAAGAAUUGUAAUAGGGCCAAAACAAAGUUGGUGACUUAAAGGCUUAUUAGUGAUGUGGAAUUUUACAUGAAGUUAGUGAAAAAUGAGGUAUGUUUUCUCUUAGGAAAAUGGGCAACUCUUUCCAGCCUGUGUGCAUUUUCCUGUUAGUCCUGACAGUUCACCAGGUAGCUAGUCAUGGAGAAUGUGGGCACUUAACACCCCUCAAGAGAUGGUGCCUACGUGGUAGGUUAUUUCGUUCCUCUUACUUACCUGCUUGAAUACUUGAAUAAACCAUUCUCCAGUUUUAAUCCUUUUAGAUAAUGUAACCUGAACUCUGACAAAUUGCACAGAAGCUCUUCGGCAUUAAUUUAGUGUACUGAUAAAAACAAAAACAUGGUUUUUCUUUACUUUGACGAAGUAAUGUAAUUUUUACUUUAUUUAUCUGUAUGAAAUUCCAGCAGUUAAUUUGAACAUUUAUUUAUAUGAUGUUUAUAUUUUUAGGUCUUUAAUACAGUGUUUCUACCUCUUAUUUGUAACUGCAUGCAUUAUUCAUGAAACUAGGUAAAACUCACUGAAUUGUUGUGUCAUAGCCUUUUUAUUAUUGCCUGUACAGAUGUAUAUUAAGGUAAAUAAAACUGACCAGGUGUUUCUAGGGUGAGGCUGGGUCCCUGUGAUGUGGCUUGUCAGGCCAGGUCCUUCCUCAGUGAGUUUGGAGCCUUGAUGGUUAACACCUGUCGCCCUGCCCCAGGGUUUCAGAUGCUCGGUGACGGUCCUGCAGGCUGCCAGGAGCAUGGGCUGUGCGGCGGCUUCCUGCCCUCCCUGCAGGGGCCAUAAGCACUGUCACUGGUGAUACUCCAUUUUGUAUGAUUUUUUCGAGUGUAAAGGGCAGUUUCUUGUAUGUUCUCUCAGUUACCGCCCGUGUCAUCUCACUGAUCCUCCGAGGGGGUGGGUACAUUCCGGUCCCUCCUCCGCUCUCCCGCUUGUUUUUUAAACACAGGAUGAAACAGGUUCACAGCGAGGAAGUGCUUGGUCUGCAGUCAGUACCUAGGGAAGUGGCCGGGCUGUGCUUUGUGACCUCCAAGUGCAUUCUUCUGCUUCUUGUACGACAAAGGUCAGGUGAUAGGAGGUAUGUGUGAGACCGUGAAGUCUGAACAGCAGAGAAGAACAAACUGUAAACUCGUGAUUAAUGGUUCUGAUUAUAUUUCCAUUAUCAAGGCCAAUUGUUUUAAGAGAUUUUGCCUUGAUUAUAGCAAUAAUAAACAAAUGCUUUAUGUUUCCACGUG